AUGGGAAUGUUGCACAAUUUGGCCGAUUUGCUCAAGAUUAAGAAGGAUAAGAUGACAAUUCUUGUGCUCGGUCUAAAUAAUAGUGGCAAAUCAACGAUAGUCAAUCAUUUCAAAAAGUCAAAUGAACAGUCGGCCAUUAUGGUGCCAACUGUGGGAUUCGAACAGCAACAAUUUUACAGCAUGGGCGUAACCAUUAAGGCAAUCGAUAUGUCGGGUGCCACAAGAUAUAGGAACCUCUGGGAGACGCGGUUUAAGACCUGCCAAGGCAUCAUAUACGUUAUAGAUUCGAGUGACUAUAUGAGAUUCGUUGUUGUCAAAGACGAAUUGGAGGCUCUAUUACAACAUCCUGACUUGAUGAAUCGAAAUAUACCGAUUCUUUUCUACGGAAAUAAGUCGGACUGCGAGGACGCUCUCUCCAGCGUUAAAAUAGCAGCAGCUCUGGGACUGGAAAAUAUUAAGGAGAAGCCUUGGCACAUUUGUUCGAGCAAUGCGGUUUCCGGUGAAGGACUGGAGGAGGGAGUCCAGUGGCUGGUUCAGCACAUACGAUACGCUAUGUUAAACAGUCAUGAUGGUGCCAAAUUGAAGGCUCACUCUAAAAACAAAUAAAUUAUUUCAAAUUGGGGAA